AGAGAGAGAGAGAGAGAGAGAGAGAGAGAGAGAGAGAGAGAGAGAGAGAGCAAGGGAAAGGUCAGAUCUCUCUCGCUAUUUUAAUCUUCUGCGGUUUUCUGCUCAGCUGCUUGGCUGUUCGAGUGGGGGAUUAAUCAUCCCAAUGCUUCUUGCUCUUCGUUGCUCGGGUUUUUUCUAGGAAUUAAAACUGAAAGUGAAUGUGUUUUAAAUAAAGGGUUUUAUUAAGACAAGAAAAGAUGCAAAAGGAUAAUGGUUCUGGUGGUACAUCAACACCUACUGCACGGUUACGUCGGCGCAGAGGUUCAAACGAGUUCCCUCCAGAAGUUGAUAGAGCAAAUGGGGGCCAUCUGCUUGUUAACGACAAUACCAAGUACAAGUCAAUGUUAAUCCGGACAUAUUCAACGGUUUGGAUGAUUGGAGGAUUUGCGUUAAUUAUUUACAUGGGUCACCUUUAUAUCUGGGCCAUGGUCGUCGUUAUUCAAAUUUUUAUGGCUAAGGAACUGUUUAAUUUGCUAAAGAAAGCGCACGAAGAUAGGCACCUCCCUGGUUUUUGGCUCUUAAAUUGGCACUUCUUCUUCACGGCGAUGCUAUUUGUGUAUGGUCGCAUUCUCAGUCAGAGGCUUGUGAAUGCCGUUACUAUGGACAAGUUUUUGUAUAAGCUCGUGGGCAGAUUAAACAAGUAUCAUAUGGUUACCUGUUAUUUCUUAUAUAUCACAGGUUUUAUGUGGUUCAUUCUUGCACUGAAGAAGAAGAUGUACAAGUAUCAAUUCGGCCAAUACGCAUGGACGCAUAUGAUUUUGAUUGUGGUGUUUACGCAGUCGUCUUUCACCGUGGCAAAUAUUUUUGAAGGAAUUUUCUGGUUCCUUCUUCCAGCAUCACUUAUCGUGAUCAAUGAUAUUGCCGCUUACAUAUUCGGGUUCUUCUUUGGGAAAACUCCUUUGAUCAAACUUUCACCGAAGAAAACAUGGGAGGGGUUUAUCGGAGCUUCGUUUACAACUAUGAUCUCUGCCUUCUUGAUGGCAAAUAUAUUGGGUCGUUUUCAGUGGCUAACAUGCCCUAGAAAGGAUUUAUCGACUGGUUGGCUUGAAUGUGAUCCUGGUUCGUUGUUUAAGCCGGAAUAUUUUACUGUGCCUGAUUGGUUCCCAGUAUGGUUUCCGUGGAGAGAGUUUUCUAUCUUACCCGUGCAGUGGCAUGCACUGUGCCUUGGUCUCUUUGCAUCAAUUAUAGCACCAUUCGGAGGCUUUUUCGCCAGUGGCUUUAAAAGAGCUUUCAAGAUCAAGGAUUUCGGAGAUAGCAUCCCCGGACAUGGUGGAAUCACUGAUAGAAUGGAUUGCCAGAUGGUGAUGGCUGUUUUUGCGUAUAUCUAUCACCAGUCGUUUAUUGUACCGCAGAGCUUGUCGAUCGAGAUGAUUAUGGACCAGAUACUGGUAAACCUUCCGUUCGAGGAGCAGCAAGCUCUGUACGUGAAACUCGGACAGCUAAUCAUGGAGAGGCAAUUUGGGGAAUCCUAAAAUAUCCGAGUCAACUGGUCUCCGUAGUAAACUCGCAUCUUCGUCUUCUUCCACAUUGUCGUGUAUUCUAGUUUGAUUUUUUUUUAAAACUCGAAUGUUUAUGUACAUGAUCGGUUAUUUUUCUUUCCUUUGUUUGUACUUGAUAAUUUAGCUGCAGGCGAAUUCGACAUUUUUGCGUUUGUAUAGUUCUUGCGCCAUUGAUGAGUGAUGACUGAUGACUGAUGAUUACUAUAUUCAGCUUUUUUUUUUUUUUUUUUGCUGCAUUCUGUGGUGAGGAUUGAUUGGUAUGUAAUUCCUUCAAUGUGGUUGAAGUUUUAGCGUGAAGGGUAUUUUAGUCUUAUUCGUA